GAGAGAGGAUAUAGGCUUGUGGUCUCAAACCAGCAACGUCGCAGUUACUGGUGCGUACUCCAGGAACCAGGACGCCCUGCAGGGAGCGUCGCCGCCGCCACACGCCAACUCAUGUUCCUCCAUCACCUGUAGCUUCAGGACUGAGAGAGAGAGACAGAGAGAGAGAGAGAGAGAGAGAGAGAGCUUGUUUCCCUCCUCUCCUCUUUCCCGCCGCAGCAGAAACCCGCUCACACCAGGAUGGGUCGCGCGGAGGAGCAGCAGCAGCAGCAGCAGAAGCGUCGCGAGCCGCUCCGUCUCCGUCCAAGUGGCGCGAGGAGAACGAGCUGAUACCUCGGAGCUGAAGACGAAUAAAGGAGGAGGAGGAGAAGAAGGAGAAGAAGACAAGAGGAAGGCGGAGGAGGAAAUCCCGCGAGAAAAGAAGAGACAGACAGACAGAGAUACGCGCAGAGAGCACACAGAAAGAGAGAGAGAGAGAGAGAGAGUGGGAAACCGCCGCACGUGAGGUGCGCGAGACCCCCGGGGAGAGGGGACUAAUCGUUAAUUUGGAGAGCAACGGUUGUUUUUAUUUUUUAUCUUUCCCAACACAGACGGAGCGAGAGGGUCUCCGAAAAUAAAGGCUGGCCAGAUGAAUCCCAUGACACAGUUGUACUACAAGAAGGCGACGUACUCGCCGUACCGCGAUCGCAUCCCGCUUCAGAUCGUCCGGGCUGAGGUGGAGCUGUCUGCCGAGGAGAGGGCCUACCUCACGGCUGUGGAGAAAGGUGACUAUGCGGGCGUCAAACAUGCCCUCCGCGAGGCGGAGGUCUACUACAACAUGGAUGUGAACUGCCUGGACCCGCUGGGCCGCAGCGCGCUCCUCAUCGCCAUCGAGAACGAGAACCUGGAGAUCAUGGAGCUCCUGCUCGACCACGGCAUCCACACCGGCGACGCCCUGCUCUACGCCAUCAGGAAGGAGGUGGUGGGCGCCGUGGAGCUGCUGCUGUCGCACAGGAGGCCCAGUGGCGAAAAACAGGUUCCCUCACUGAUGAUGGACAGUCAGUUUUCAGAAUUCACCCCAGACAUAACUCCCAUCAUGCUCGCUGCUCACACCAAUAACUACGAGAUCAUCAAGCUCCUCGUCCAGCGGAAGGUCACCAUUCCCAGACCACACCAGAUACGAUGUGACUGUGUUGAGUGUGUGUCCAGUUCAGAGGUUGACAGUCUUCGGCAUUCACGGUCUCGACUCAACAUCUACAAGGCUCUGGCCUCGCCGUCCCUCAUCGCGCUGUCCAGUGAAGAUCCCAUCCUCACAGCCUUCAGACUGGGCUGGGAACUCAAAGAGCUCAGCAAGGUGGAGAAUGAGUUUCGCCAGGAGUACGAGGAGCUGUCGCAGCAGUGCAAACGCUUUGCCAAAGACCUUCUGGACCAGGCCAGGAGUUCUAGAGAGCUGGAAACCAUCCUGAACCACAGAGACAAUGACCAGAGCGAGGAACUGGACCCCAGACAGUGCCACGACCUGGCCAAGCUCAAACUGGCCAUCAAAUACCACCAAAAAGAGUUUGUGGCCCAGCCGAACUGCCAGCAGCUGCUGGCCACGCUGUGGUACGACGGCUUCCCGGGCUGGAGGAGACGACACUGGGCGGUCAAACUCGUCACCUGCUUCAUCAUCGGACUCCUGUUUCCUGUCUUCUCACUGAUCUACCUGCUGGCUCCUAAGAGCGCUCUGGGAAACUUCAUCAAGAAGCCCUUCAUCAAGUUCAUCUGUCACACGGCGUCCUACCUGACCUUCCUCUUCCUCCUGCUGCUGGCCUCGCAGCACAUCGCCCGCACCAACCUGCACAUGCAGGGACCCCCACCCACCAUCGUCGAGUGGAUGAUUCUCCCGUGGGUGCUGGGCUUCAUCUGGGCAGAGAUUAAGGAGAUGUGGGACGGGGGAUUCACAGAAUACAUCCAUGACUGGUGGAACCUGAUGGACUUCGCCAUGAACUCGCUGUACCUGGCGACCAUAUCACUGAAGAUCGUGGCCUACGUUAAGUAUAACUCCUCUCGUCCCAGGGAGGAGUGGGAGAUGUGGCACCCGACGCUGAUAGCUGAAGCUCUGUUCGCCAUCGCCAACAUCUUCAGCUCCCUCAGACUCAUCUCCCUCUUCACCGCCAACUCCCACCUCGGGCCACUGCAGAUCUCACUGGGGAGGAUGCUGCUGGACAUCCUCAAGUUCCUGUUUAUUUACUGUCUGGUCCUGCUGGCGUUUGCAAACGGCCUGAACCAGCUCUAUUUCUACUACGAGACCAAGGCCUCAGAAGAACACAACAACUGCAAGGGCAUCCGCUGUGAGAGGCAGAACAACGCCUUCUCAACGUUAUUUGAGACUCUUCAGUCUCUGUUCUGGUCCAUAUUCGGGCUGUUAAACCUGUACGUCACCAACGUGAAGGCCCGGCACGAGUUCACAGAGUUCAUCGGGGCGACCAUGUUCGGGACUUACAACGUCAUCUCGCUGGUGGUUCUGCUCAACAUGCUGAUCGCCAUGAUGAACAACUCCUACCAACUCAUCGCUGACCACGCCGACAUCGAGUGGAAGUUCGCCCGCACCAAGCUGUGGAUGAGUUACUUUGACGAGGGUGGCACGCUGCCGCCCCCGUUCAACAUCAUCCCCAGCCCCAAGUCCAUCUGGUACCUGCUCAUGUGGCUCCACAACAAGCUGUGCAGGAGAGGCCAGCCGCCUGGGGAGGACUCGCACAAAUGUGAAAAUCUCAGAGAGUUCACGGAACGUCACGCGGACAGUCUGAUACAGAAUCAGCAUUACCAGGAAGUGAUCCGGAGCUUGGUGAAGAGGUACGUGGCGGCCAUGAUACGCAGCGCCAAGACAGACGAGGGACUGACGGAGGAGAACUUUAAGGAGUUGAAGCAGGACAUCUCCAGUUUCCGCUACGAGGUCCUGGAUCUCCUCGGCAACCGGCGUCCUCCCCGGCGACAUUACUCCUCCUCCAGCGAGACAGCGAGAGACGACGGCGCCAUGGCCUCGGAGGAUGACAGCGAAUCAGGGGACGGCUGUGGAGGUGGAAGUCAGAGGUCAAAGGGCGUGACAUUCAUGACGCCGGUGGAGGACGACACGAGGCCGACGCUUGGCGUGUCUGCUUUGGUGCGCUCCAUAUCUGGAAUGACGCAGAUCGAAAGAGGGGGAGAGGGUGAGGAGGGUGAGGCGGAGGAGGGCAUUGGAUGGGGGGGGGAGGAGGAGGAGGAAGAGGAGGGGAAACCAAAGAGCAACGGGCUGAAGACAACCGUCAUCCCUCCGUCCUCCACCACCGUCCUGCCCUCCCCGUCCUCGUCAUUCUCCUCGUCGUUCACCUCGUCACUCGCUCGUACACGGACCCGCCUGCAACGCUUCUCGGCUCCGGGUGCAAAGACAGACUCUUUCAAACGCCUCUCCUAUCUGUUCUCACGCUCCAAACGCAGAGCCCCACCCAUGCCUCUCCCCCUCCAGUCCCCGCCCUCCUACACCAUCUCCGACGGGUUGCUCCGCCCCCUGGGGAGCCACAGCCACAGCCACAGCCACUCCGACUACGGACUCAGUAACGUGACCAGAAGCGAGACUUACCUGAACCAGGUGGGCCGCUCAGUCGACAUCAAUAACCCCUCGUUCUCCCCGCGGAGAACAAACGGGCGGGACUCGCUCCUGACACUGCCCCUCCCGCCCCCGUGCCCCUGCCAAUCCCUGCACUGUGCUUCCAAUAUGUCCGAGUCCAGCUCGCGCCUCCUGGACUCCAGCGAGGACGUUUUCCAGGGCGGAGGCGUGGGAGGAGCGGGCGAGGGCGGCUUGGAUGAAGGAGGGGGAAGAGUAGGGGUGAUGAUGAUGGGCGGGUGGGUGGGACCAUGCGAUGAUGUCAUAGAGGACAGCUGUGAGGUCAUAGAGGACUCCGUCACCACACAGCUAUAGGAGAGAGGGAGAACCGAACUGUUGUUUUUUUUGGUUUUUUUUGGUUUGUUUGUUUGUUUGCAAAUGGCUGAACGCAUCCAGAGGGAGAGAUACAGAGAGAGAGGUGGAGGGUGGGAAUCCAACGGAAUCCGCUUUGGAACUCAUCGGUGUGGAUUCCGGAAUUCUGUGGCGGAAUUCUAGAAUGCAACACUUCUGCGAACAGGGUUCCGUGGUGGUUCUGGUAACACCGGCAGAGGACAGAAGGGAUCCUGAAAUGGCAGAUGUUCAUCAAGGCAGUUUGACGUCCUCUGAUUAUCUGGCUGUCAGGGAUCUUCCAGGGAAUAUGGCGCAGGCUCAUCGUCCACUCAUUGCUCCAAAAUAUCAGUUUGAAAAGAAUGCAAGCUAAAUGGCUAGCGAGCACUAUAGCGAGGGCGGUACCAAGCUAACUUGUUACUACAUGGCCUACCUAUCUAGAGAGCGAGGGGACUACCAAAUAUCAACUCUAGCAAGCGCUAAAUAGCUAGCAAGCACUAUAGAGAGUGGCAAACCUACUACUAAAUGGGCUAACUAGCUAGAGAGCUACCAAAUAUCAGUUUCAGAAGAAUGUCCGGCACUAUACAAGUUAGCCAGUGAGCUAAAUAACUAGCAACACUAUAGAAAGUGAGGUACCAGGUUAACCUGCUACUAAAUGGGCUAACUAGCUAGUAAGUGAGGGAGCGACCAAAGUAACCUGCUAGUGAGAUAAACUGUCAGUGAGUUAGCGAACGAGAUAGCGAUGCGAAGCGUUCAUGACAUCCCUGAAUUGGACGUAUUUUAUCAUAAAAACUGGAUUUACUGGAUUUACUUUGUGCGGCUCAUUGCAUAUGCUAGUCUCUUUCCCUUGAGCUUCUCCCACUUUAAACUUUCCAUAGCGAUAACAUCAGGUAGAAACAACCUUUUCUAGUCUCUGGGAAAGUUUUACACUCAUUAAACCCUCAUGAUCUAAAAGUUCAUAACACAAAGAGUAAUAAUUGAUUUGUCAGCGGUUUGUCUCAUGUUUAAUCGUGGUCUAUGGGCCAAUUGCUCUUGAGCUUCUGAGGAUUUCUUCUUCUUCAGGUCUUACUCGCCGUGCUGUUUCCAUGCAUCUCUCAGCUCAUCAUAUUUAUGGUCCCGUCGAGGUUAACGGGCAUCUAUUUAUGGCCAAUCUGUCUGUAUAAACGUCUGCCAUUUCCUCUGCAUGCCGCAAGAGUGCAAAGGAUGGGAUUUAAAAUGGAGAGUACAAACCUUUUUUUCUUCUUUCCUCUUGGAGAUUCAAACGCGCAUGAUUAUAAUGGAAUUACAAGUAGCCAAAGUGACAUUUCAGAAGGGAAAAUAUCGUUAAAAAUCCCUGUUUGAUUUUCAACACACAAUGCUUUCUUUCCCUUUAAACCAAACUUCAAAUCUGUAAUGGAUUAAAAAUGGAAUUAAACCCUCUUUAGACCUCUGGAAUUUGAAUGGAACUACCCCUUCAACUCAUUUUACCUUCAGCCAAAUGGACUGAAUCCCGCUUCCAAACGAAAUGUGACUGAAAUUGCAAACAAACGGAAUAACCUCCCCUUCAACUCUGGAAUCUGAUGGGAAAUGGAAAGGCAUUGGAACCAUUGCUCUGCUGUCGAUAGCCCGCACCCUCUCUCUCUGCAUCAACAAGGGCCAAGGAACUUUAUUUUAUCCUAAUAACAGUUAUACUAGUAAUAAUAAUAACGAUAAUAAUAAUAAUAAGAGACUUCUAAUAAUAGUUACGAGGACUAUUCUGGUUUCUAAAGACUGUCUUUGCUUCUAUUUGAGUUGCCUACGAUAUUCUGGCUUCUCGUUCAGCUCUUCCUUAAUAAGUACACUUUAACCUGAUGAAUUAAAAUAUACGGUGAUAUUUAUUGUGAGGCGGAGCGAUGGCGGCUGUGUGAGUGAGUGGAAGGGAGGAAGGCAAGGGGAGAGGCAGGGAAAGACGAACUGAGAAUGUUGUGUGGAUGAAAGAAAGGGGAGAAAGAGAGGACAAAGAGGAGGACUGAGUGAGGAACAGGUGGAGAAAGUGUUGCCUUUCGAUCUGGGAAAUCUAUUUUAAAGGGAAAUUUCACCAGAAUUUCAUCAUGAUUUUUUUUUCUUUUUUUUUUCUUGAAGUCGCCUGGCACGGUGACUUCAAAAAGGUUGGCAUGAGCAGAGGCUGUUAAAUUUUACUCUGGUUAAUAUACGACUGUCAGCGAUGAAGUAUAGAAAUUAUGCAUGUUUGAUCAAAAAAAAACCACCGUUACCUGCAACACACAUACAAACACACACUCAAAAUGCCAUCUUGUGUGAUGAGUAGCUCCUGGCCAAGUGUUUUGCCCUUCCCAAGGUCUCUCCUGAGUCCUCCACUGUCUCCUUCUUCAGCGGGAUGACAUCAGCGCUUUGUCUUUCCUCUUUCUUUCUCUUUCCACCCCCUUUUCCCUUUGAUUGAUUCACCCCUUUUUCUUCCUCCCUACCUUUAUUUCUCUUCCUAACCUCCAACCAGAUGCUCCGCAAACACACGCACGCCCCCCUCCGGCAGACGCCGCGACCUCACCACCAGCUGUCUUUUACCCGUUGAUGAAUCAACGUCCCAAAAUGUCAUGGCGUAACCAUGGCGACCCGAUUACCCGCUCAACAUGUCUGUAAUCAUAAUGUCACGUCCAGAGCCAGAAAAGCUCUGCGCGGCAGUGGUUAGUGAUGACACCCGUCUCUUUUGUAUUUGAAAACAAUCAAUUUGAUGUCAUUUUACAUCCCACCAACAACACAGAAAGACAAAUGUGCAAAAGACGUGACUAACAUCUAACUUUUAACCCUUACUGUAACCACAACAUGCUUGCUGUUUUUCCAAAAGCUUAAAUUGACCUUUAGUUGCCUGACAAGGAGCCCAAAGGGAGCAGGGUGAAAAGGUUAGUCAGCAAAGUGUGUAUUAAAGUCAACCGUAUUGUUUCUCCAACAGUUUCUUGACCUUUUUAAUCAUUUUCUAACUUUAAAACUAAAAUCUCACCUGUUGUUAAAAAGGUGUUUCUUACUUACUACUGUUUAACGUAAGGAUUAGGUAACCUGUAACCAGUCUCACACAGCCAGACCUCCAGAUCUCCACACUUCUUCUUUUACACUGUGCUGGUUUGUCUUUCUUCAAACCAAUCUUAAGCCUAUCUAUCUAAGCCUAGGAUGCAGCGCCAGGAAAAACCGCCUGUAACUUGCUUUAGACUUUGGGUGACAAAAUAUAAAAUAGAUGUUUUGGUUUUGCUAUGUACACAAUCUGAAAAAUUAUCGAAGUUUUAGAGGAAUCUGUUUGAAAUAAAAGAUGCGUUAAUCCAUAAUUAGUCUUCUGCCAAAUGUUAAAACCAGGACAGUUGUUCACUUUUAAACUCUUAAUAAAUAACACCUACUGUAGGGAUGUGUUUUUAACUUUAAAACCCAUUUACUCAUAAAUAUUUAAACGUAGAAUAUGUGAUUUCUCUUGCUAUAGGAGGUCUGUCAGAGAAAAGCAGUAACAAAAUGUGAAGUUUGAUGACAUUGUGAAGCAGCGUGGGAUCAUGGGAGUUGUUGUCUUCACCACCAUUACAUCAUUGCAGUCAGCUUCUCCCGGUUAGGAUUCCUUCAGUGUUCAUCGUUCAGGAGCUGAAUUAUCCACAGAGGUCUCCUCCUCUCCAAAACAAACAGGCCUGCUGAUUAAAACAAUCAAAAACACUGAACAGGGCUGCGAGCCGAGCUGCUGCUAACGUUAGCUCAGCUUGUUUCUCUGAUAACUUAAGAUCCAGACGUCCAAUGACUAAAAUCCUUCAUCCGGUUCAAAUCUGGAGUUAAAAACCAGCAAGUGAAUCAUAAAAACGUGGCUUCAAGAAACCUUGUUUGUCUUCAUCAAAAAACGGUCUCUAAUAAACUCACUUCCUCAAAGCUGAGCUAAACUGUUGCACCGCCUCCAGGAGGCCAAAUAAAAACGAGUUAAUCCAUCUUUAAUGCAUUGGGAUAUUAGAAAAAUGUGAAUUAACAUUUACAUUUUCUUGUGAUCCCCCACAAGGCUCCAGGCAUUUAAUAAAUCAAUGGUUUUUAUUCGUUAGCUCAGUCUCACAUUGAGCAAGUGGGGUUUUGGGAGUUUAUUGAUUUCUGAAAAGGGGUUCUUGAUGAGAAAUAACCCGUAAUCAGCAUCAUUGACAAACUGUACGUGGAGGAAUUAAAGUCCAACGGUGAGCUUUACAUUCUGGAUUAAACAGCUGUUCAGUCAAGAGUCGGAGCCACAGAAGGAACAACGUACUGUUUCAGGAGAGUGAUUGUGUCUGACAGGGAAGGAGGAUAAAGAAAGAAAGGAAGGAGAGAGUCCAGGUGGAGAUUUGUUAUGCUCCGCACUCGGCACAGUAAAGUGACCUCUCCGGGUCCCAAAGUGUUUUCUGUUUGCAACUUCUGGUUGAUAGGAAUGGGAGAAAAAUAACAGAAAGGGGAGCAAAAAAAAAAUCUAAUUAAAAUAUUUUAUUAUGAUAUUAAAUCCUCAUAAUUUCACCCAUUUUUAUAUUUGAGCUGAGUCUGGUGCUGCUGCAACUGAUUAACCAUUAAAACAAAACAAUAAAAA